AUGCGCGCCACACUCCUCCUCCCCAUCCUUUCCCUCACGCUCGGCGCCCUGGCCAACCCUCCCGCCUGCCUCCUCUCCGCCGUGGGCGCGCAGGACAGUCCCGCCGACCUAGGCGCAGUCUGCGGCGACAACGCCAAGGACGUGCAAGAGACCAUCGACGCCGACUGCAAGGACAAGGACAGCAAGAGUCUCGCGCAGGAGGCCUUUAUCAGCACCUGCUCGGCUGCUGGUAGCUCUGUUGCGGCGUAUACCCCCUCUUCAACCUCCUCCGGCUCCUCCUCGUCCGCGACCGGCACGCGCAGCGGCAGCAGCGACGACCCAUCCAACACCGCAUCGGCCUUCGAGUCCGGCGCCAGCGCCACAGGCUCCGGCGCGGCGGCCAGCGCGACCGGUGGCUCAGGAUCGGGCGCCGCGGACGUGAGGGUCAUGGGCGGCUUCGUUGCUGGCGCUGUUGCUGUGGCGGGACUUGCCAUUGGCUUGUAA